AGGUAACUAUGCAGAGUUGUGUGAGUGUUCGAGAAGGGGGGGGGGGUGUUAUUAUGGGAUGCCUGCCCCCCCCUGAUCUCUUUGUGUGUGAGGAUGUUAGCUUACUGGUCAGUGACGCUGGGGGAAAAGAGACAGGGGAAGGAGUAGGCGACGUGUUUGGCGGAUUCGAAUUUUUAAAAGCUUCUUGACCGCUGGAUUUUACAAACAACAUUUUACUGACAUAUUACUAACUUCCUAGAAAUAAUUCUUAUAUUAUACGACGACGAAGUGUGUUUAUCUUGGAAUUCAUACGCCUCCACCGCCCUGCGCCCCGGACUCCUUCACAGCUACUCGCCAUUUGCCCCCUCCCUCGCUGACAAGAUCACUCUGAAGAGGGGCUAGUAAGAAAUAAAUACUUUAAAGAGAUACAGUUAGUAACAUAGUUUAGUGUGGUGUUAUAAACGUGUCACACAUCAUGUCGGGGAGUGAAGAUGACAGAGAUGACUUCGGACCAACGGAUGAAAGUGCACUCGUACAUGAUGAAGAGGAGCCUGAAGAGCCCUCUGAGGUUGAAGCCCCAAAAUCCAAGAAGAAGAAGAAGGCCAAGAAGAGUCGUGAGAGUCGGAGCAGUAAGAGGCAGAAACCCCCCAAAGAGCCGGAAGUGCCACUGAGUUCUCCCGAAGCUCUGGAGGCCGUGGGCCUGGCUGAGGUCGAGGAGGAGGAGAGGGUGGCAGCCAGGUCGGAGAGUGAGGGCAGCGACUAUGCCCCCAGCAAGAAGAAGAAGAAGAAGUCCAGCUCCUCCAGAGACCGAAAGAAACCAUCAACGGCAGAAAAGAACAGUGGUGGAAGGAACAAAAGGAAAGAGCCAGAGCCAGAGGAUGAGGAAGAUGACGAUGAUGAUGGUCAGGAACCUAAGACAUCAGCCCAGCUGUUGGAGAACUGGGGCAUGAAGGAUAUCGAUUACGCCUUUACCCAGCAGGACUACAGCUCCCUUACCAACUACAAAGCCUUCAGUCAGUUUGUCAGGCCGCUCAUAGCUGCGAAAAACCCCAAGAUCGCCGUUUCGAAGAUGAUGAUGGUCCUGGGUGCCAAGUGGCGUGAGUUCAGCACCAACAACCCACUCCGCGGCUCUGCCAGUGCCAGCGCUGCCCUGGCCGCCGCCAACGUGGCUGUCGCCGUGGAGAGCAUGGUGUCGGGGGGCAGCGGGCCGGACGGAGCGGGCACCACCGGGACCCCCGCACCCGCUAACACCCCCCCAGCGCCACCCCCUCCCCCUCCCCCUCCUCCACCGGCGCCGCAGCAGCCAGCCGCACCGCCCCCACCCCCUGCUCCGCCACUUCGCAAGGCCAAGACCAAAGAGGGCAAAGGCCCCAACGCUCGCAAGAAGAGCAGACCCCCUCCCAAGCCUGCAGACAAGAAGUCCAAAGCCAAGAAGGUGGCUCCCCUCAAGAUCAAACUGGGCAGCUUCAAGAGGAAGCGCUCCUCGAGUGGCGAGGAUGAGGAGGGCGACAGUGACUUUGACCGCUUCUCUGUGUCCGAUGGCUCCGGCCGAAGCAGCCGCUCCAAGAAGAAGCCCAAGAGCUCCAAGAAAAAGAAGAAAGUGGAUGAGGAUGCUGAUGGCUAUGAGACUGACCAUCAGGACUACUGUGAGGUGUGUCAGCAGGGCGGCGAGAUCAUCCUGUGUGACACGUGCCCCAGAGCCUACCACAUGGUGUGUCUGGACCCAGACAUGGAGAAGGCCCCCGAGGGCACCUGGAGCUGCCCACACUGCGAGAAGGAGGGCAUCCAGUGGGAGGCGCGUGAGGAGAGCUCGGAGGGGGAGGAGGCGGAGGAGGAGGCGCGGAGGGACGAGGGGGAGGUGGAGGAGGACGACCACCACAUGGAGUUCUGCCGCGUGUGCAAGGACGGUGGGGAGCUCCUCUGCUGCGACACCUGCCCCUCCUCCUACCACCUGCACUGCCUCAACCCGCCCCUGCCCGACAUCCCCAACGGAGAGUGGAUUUGCCCACGCUGCCUGUGUCCUGCAAUGAAAGGGAAGGUCCAGAAGGUUCUGAUUUGGCGCUGGGGUCAAGCCCCACCCCCUAUCCCAGUGCCCCGCCCAACAGACCUCCCGGCCGACGCCCCUGACCCCAAGCCCAUGGUGGGCCGCCCCGAGAGGGAGUUCUUCGUCAAGUGGUGCAACAUGUCCUACUGGCACUGUUCAUGGGUCCAGGAACUACAGCUGGAGCUGAACUGCCAGGUCAUGUUCCGUAACUACCAGCGCAAGACGGACAUGGACGAGCCCCCGAGCGUGGAUCUGGGCGCCGAGGGCGACGAGGAUAAGAGCACCAAGAGGAAGAUCAAAGACCCCACGUACGCACGCAUGGACGACGAGUUUGGACGCUACGGCGUCAAGAUGGAGUGGCUCCUCAUUCACCGCGUCCUCAACCACAGUGUGGAUAAGAAGGGCAACGUGCACUACCUGAUCAAGUGGAGAGACCUGCCCUAUGACCAGUCCACCUGGGAGAGCGAGGACAUGGAGAUACCUGAGAUCGACACCUUCAAACAGCACUACUGGAACCACAGAGACCUGAUGAUUGGUGAGGAGGUGCGGCCAGGAAAGAAACUGAAGAAGGUGAAAGUGAAGCGGACGGAGAAGCCUCCAGCGAACCCAGUGGUGGAUCCCACCAUUAAGUUUGACCGCCAGCCGGACUACCUGGACACCACGGGCGGGACGCUGCACCCGUACCAACUGGAGGGGCUGAACUGGCUGCGCUUCUCCUGGGCACAGGGCACCGACACCAUCCUGGCCGACGAGAUGGGCCUGGGCAAGACCGUGCAGACCGCAGUGUUCCUCUACUCCCUCUACAAAGAGGGUCACUCUAAAGGUCCAUUCCUGGUGAGUGCCCCCCUGUCCACCAUCAUAAACUGGGAGCGUGAGUUUGAGAUGUGGGCGCCGGACAUGUAUGUGGUCACUUACGUGGGAGACAAGGACAGCAGGGCUGUCAUCCGGGAGAACGAGUUCAGCUUCGAGGACAACGCCAUCCGAGGAGGCAAAAAGGCCUCAAAGAUGAAGAAAGAGGCUACAGUGAAGUUCCAUGUGCUGCUGACAUCCUACGAGCUGAUCACCAUCGACCAGGCCAUCCUGGGCUCCAUCGACUGGGCCUGCCUGGUGGUGGAUGAAGCCCACCGCCUCAAGAACAAUCAGUCGAAGUUCUUCCGAGUGUUGAAUAACUACCCUCUCCAGCACAAACUGCUGCUCACUGGCACUCCCCUGCAGAACAACCUGGAAGAGCUUUUUCAUCUGCUUAACUUCCUCACUCCUGAGAGGUUCAAUAAUCUGGAGGGUUUUCUGGAGGAGUUUGCCGACAUCGCUAAGGAGGACCAGAUCAAGAAGCUCCAUGACAUGCUGGGCCCGCACAUGCUCAGGAGGCUCAAGGCGGACGUGUUCAAACACAUGCCCUCCAAAACCGAGCUCAUCGUCCGAGUGGAGCUCAGCCCCAUGCAGAAGAAGUACUAUAAGUACGUGCUGACGCGCAACUUUGAAGCACUGAACACACGUGGUGGUGGCAACCAGACAUCUCUGCUCAACGUGGUGAUGGACCUGAAGAAGUGCUGUAAUCACCCCUUCCUCUUCCCCAACGCUGCCCUUGAGGCUCCCAAGAUGCCCAAUGGGAUGUACGAGGGGAGCUCCCUGACCAAGGCCUCUGGGAAACUCAUGCUGCUGUACAAGAUGCUCAAAAAACUCAAGGACGGGGGCCACAGGGUCCUUAUAUUCUCACAGAUGACCAAGAUGUUAGACCUGCUGGAGGACUUUCUGGAGAAUGAAGGCUAUAAAUACGAGCGCAUCGAUGGAGGUGUGACUGGCUCCAUGAGGCAGGAGGCUAUCGAUAGGUUCAACGCUCCUGGUGCCCCCCAGUUUGUGUUUCUGCUGUCGACGCGAGCGGGCGGCCUGGGCAUCAACCUGGCCACCGCUGACACGGUCAUCAUCUACGACUCCGACUGGAACCCCCACAACGACAUCCAGGCUUUCAGCAGAGCUCACCGUAUAGGUCAGAACAAGAAGGUGAUGAUCUACCGCUUCGUCACCAAGGCCUCUGUGGAGGAACGGAUUACUCAGGUGGCCAAGAAGAAGAUGAUGCUGACCCAUCUGGUGGUGCGGCCCGGCCUGGGCUCCAAGGCCGGCUCCAUGUCCAAGCAGGAGCUGGACGACAUCCUCAAGUUCGGGACGGAGGAGCUCUUCAAGGACGAGCUGGGACGAAUGCCGGAUGGAGACACUAAGGAGGAGGACAGCAGUGUGAUUCACUAUGACGACAAAGCCAUCGACAGGCUGCUGGACCGCAACCAGGACGCCACCGAGGACAACGAGAUGCAGAGCAUGAACGAGUACCUGAGCUCCUUCAAGGUGGCCCAGUACGUGGUCAAGGAUGAGGACGAGGAGGAGGAGGAGGAGGAGCGUGAGAUUAUUAAGCAGGAGGAGAGUGUGGACCCAGACUACUGGGAGAAGCUGUUGCGCCAUCACUACGAGCAGCACCAGGAGUACCUGGGCCGUGACCUGGGCAAGGGAAAGCGCCCACGCAAGCCUGUCAACUACAACGACUGCUCGCAGGAGGACCGAGGUAGUAGACGGGAUUGGCAGGAUGACCAGUCUGAUAACCAAUCAGAUUACUCUGUGGCUUCAGAGGAGGGUGACGAAGACUUUGAUGAACGUGCGGAAGCUGCUAACUCACGCCGGCCGAACCGCAAGGGGCUGAGAAAUGACCGAGACAAGCCACUGCCCCCCCUACUGGCCAGGGUGGGCGGCAACAUCGAGGUGUUGGGCUUUAAUGCCCGUCAGAGGAAGGCCUUCUUGAAUGCAGUGAUGCGUUAUGGGAUGCCUCCUCAGGACGCCUUCACCACCCAGUGGCUGGUCAGGGACCUGCGGGGGAAAUCAGAGAAGGAGUUCAAAGCAUACGUGUCACUCUUCAUGCGACACCUCUGUGAACCGGGAGCUGAUGGGGCAGAGACGUUUGCGGACGGGGUCCCACGGGAGGGGUUGUCACGGCAACACGUCCUGACGCGCAUUGGUGUGAUGUCACUCAUUCGCAAAAAGGUCCAGGAGUUUGAGCAUGUGAAUGGUCAGUGGUCGAUGCCCUGGAUGAAGGAGCUGGAGGAGAGCAAGAAAGCAGCCGCUGUUGCCACGGGAGACGACCCCAAGACACCCUCCACUGGAACACCAGCAGACACCCAACCUAACACACCUGCCCCAGAGGACGCCUCGAAGGCGGACGAUGGGAAGGAUGCGGAGGACAAGAUGGAGAGAGAUGGGGAGAUGGACUUGAGGAGAGUGAAGUCUGACGAGCCUGAGAUCAUUGAGAUCCCUGACGAGAGUGACAAGUCGCCCACCCCCGAGAGCGAGGAGAAGCAGGCGUCCGAGGACGACUCUAAGCCUGCCCCGUCAGAGGAUGGAGCGAGCGCAGAGGCGGAGAAAGAGAAACCAAAGGAUGACAGAGAGGAGGAGGAGAAGACUAAAGAGGCGGAGGAGGAGGAGGAGCUCAAGUCAGAGGGGGCGGAGGAAACAAAGGCCAAAGAGGAAUGUAAGGAGGAGAAAAUGGACACAAGCUCUACAGCAGAUGAGAAAAAAGAACCAAAGGAAGAGAAGGAUAACGUGAAGACAGAAGAGAGUGGGAAGCUGCAGAAUGGAGAGACCAUGAAGGAGGCCAGCGGAGGAAUGGAUGUAGUGAUCGAGGAGAAGAAGAAAGCUGCAGCCAAGCAGCGCUUCAUGUUCAACAUUGCUGAUGGAGGCUUCACAGAGUUACACUCCUUGUGGCAGAAUGAGGAGAGGGCUGCUACAGUCACCAAGAAGACCUAUGAGAUCUGGCACCGUCGCCAUGACUACUGGCUUCUGGCUGGCAUCAUACAACACGGGUACGCCCGCUGGCAGGAUGUGCAGAACGACGUGCGCUUUGCCAUCCUCAACGAGCCCUUCAAGGGAGAGAUGAGCCGCGGAAAUUUCCUGGAGAUCAAGAACAAGUUCCUUGCUCGCCGCUUUAAGCUGUUGGAGCAGGCUCUGGUGAUUGAGGAGCAGCUGAGGAGGGCUGCAUACCUGAACAUGUCGGAGGACCCGUCGCACCCCAGCAUGGCCCUCAACACACGCUUCAGCGAGGUCGAGUGUCUGGCCGAGUCCCACCAGCACCUCAGCAAGGAGUCCAUGUCAGGGAACAAGCCUGCUAAUGCUGUGCUUCAUAAAGUUCUCAAACAACUGGAAGAGCUGCUCAGUGACAUGAAGGCCGACGUCACCCGUCUCCCGGCGACCAUCGCCCGGAUACCGCCGGUGGCCGUGCGGCUGCAGAUGUCCGAGCGGAACAUCCUGAGCCGGCUGGCGAGCCGCGGGCCAGAGGUCGCGCAGACGCAAACGCCCCGCUGACCACCACGUGACCCCUCAGGGAAGGAGGACGGAGGCCUGCACUCGAUCUCAGUCUCCCUCCUCCUCUUCCUCCUCCUCUUCCUCUUCUACUGUACAUAACCCCCCCCCCCCCCUCCUCCCCCAGAAGCACAGGAGGGCUCCAUGGUAGACGUUACCACGGUAGCUGUCUCUGUGGAGAAAAGCAGGGAUGACAUUCAAGCACCUCAGCACGCACUUCUCCCUCGACUCAUUUUUGACUCUCCAUCGCUCGCUCUCUCUCUCUCUCCUCUUUCUCUUUUCACUGCAUCUGUUCUGCAUUCAGGGUGGGGGUGAGAUUUAGAGAACCAUUUAGAGGACUGAUGCUUCUGACACACACACACACACACACACACACACACACACACACACACACACACACAUGCAGAGAGAGAGAGAAAUACAGAGAGAGUUACACACCUAAACACACAGACAGAUGGAAAGACACAGCACAUGAUAGCCCUGUUGUGUUGCCAGGGUCUCUUGUCACCAAAGCCAUCACACACUGUUUCUUUUCUGAAAGCAAUAAAACUCAAACACAAACUCUACUGUAAGAUACUACAAAAGCAAGAAAGGGAAUUUCAUGUUGUUUGUAACGUUUUUAUGAGUUCAAUCAGGUUGCAGGUUGCUAUAAGUAAAAGAUCCUGCUGAAGCGUCAAUGCCACAUAUUAACUCACAUGAUGACUGGGCCCAGUUCACUUUUUGUAGAGUGUGUGUGUGUGUGUGUGUGUGUGCAUCUGCGUGUGAUGAUGGUGCCCCCCCCCCCCCCCCAUACACACACACACACACACACACACACACACACACACACACACACACUCAUACACACACACACACACACACUGCACAGAAGCUUAACAGGGUUUCCUUUUUUGUAGUUUUUGUACCUUCUCCCAGCCACCAUGCACUGAGUUAGAUCAAGACACCCCUCCCCCUUCUGCACAUCUACAUUCCUGAUUGGUCCCUAGAUGAUGCCAUCACACCUGUCAGCCUCGCCCACCUUUGUCCGAUGUAAAGACCUGCAUUGUUAAAUCCCUGGAUAACACAAGUGUGGCUAUUUAAUUUAAGGUAGUUUUUUUAUUAUUGGUAUUGAAAGGUUCAAUUGUUAUGCUUUGUAAUAUUGCUGUUAUUACCAUUUUCUUGUUUCUAUGAGUACUGAUUAUGGUUUUUGAGACCUACAAUAAAACCAAGGGAAAAAGA